UCUUUCUCUCACUCUUGUUCUCUCGAUAAAUAAAAUCUUAUUUUAAAACUCCCUUUAAAUUAGAGAAAGUGGCUGAAAAGAGACAAGAUUUUGGAGGGCUUUGAGUGCCAGGCUAAGAAGUUUGGGUAUCGGGGUGAAAGGAAUACAGUUAAUACUAGAAUACAGAAGGAAUUACCGGGGAGAAGCACAGCCAUGAAGUAAGACGCUAGUGCAAUGAUCCGGCACAAAAUAAUAAAGUAAGAUGCUUUGCCAUCUGACAAUUAGCUGAGAACAAGCAGUAAUAGCAAUAGCUAGAAAUUAAUGAAAGCUUCCCAUGUGCCAGGCUGUGGACGAAAGCUUUAUUUACUUUAUCUCAUUUAAUGUUCACCAAAAUCCUAUAAAACUAUCACUCCCAUUAUUCCCAUUUCUCUUAAGGAAAAAAAUAUGGGGAGGAAGGGAGUGUGCAGGCCACUCCCUAUGGAGCCCAGGGCUGAGCUAUGGGUCCUGAACACCCAGCAGGGGCACACAGAUAACCGGACAUCUGAGCAAGAUGGGUUGGGAGCAUUGAAGACAAGCUCACAAAUUUUCCCAGAGCCCAUAUUGUCUACAGAGGAAUUUGCUCAACUGCAUCCUACUUGCUGGUAAGAGUAGAAUGAAUAUAACAUUGGCAUUGGAAGGAGAAGCUGAGUUGAGUUGGAAGUGGAGCUUCUGUAGUUCUGUACUGGGAUGAGGAAGUAAGAGAUCAGGAAGUGCUGACGCCAUGCCAAUCCUAGAACCAUAUGAUUUUUGACCACAGAGGGGAUUAGGUAAUGAGUCUAGUCCUCUCUUUUCACCCAAGUAGAAAAAGUGACCUGCCCACAUUAAUUCCAAAAGCAAGGGAGCAUAUAAAAGGAAUCAAUUUCUCUAAAUUUAAGUUUCCAGGAGACUCCAGUAUUCAAACCCAGAUUCUGGACAGGGACAAUAAGAACCUGAUACUGGUUACUUUGAAAGUGAAACUCCAUUAAACCUGAGUAGUGCUGGGGAAACAUAUGGUAAGAGUCUUCACUCCAUUAUAGAGGCUAUAUUUCAAUGACCGUUUAAGGUGGUAGAGAAACAUUUCCUAAGGAAACCCAGAGCCCCUUCCUAUCUCAGGUUUCUUUUCACUGAAGCUUGAAGCUCAACAUUCAUGGCUUCAUCAAAGCAGCUCCAAAUCCCAAAGGUGAGAUAGCUCUCACCUGGAGCCCAUGUGUGUUCCUCUACCCCUUGGCUGGAAACAGUCACCUGGGAAUCACUCCAGCAGGUGGCUUCCAAAGUCCAACCGGCUAGGUUGAAAUCUGACACUGACAGAGACUCCCUGGGAACUGCUGUUGAAAGCUAAACCAGGAACCAGGAAAUCCACAACCCUCUAUGUAGAAAAACAGCUGGGCUCCCUCCGAGACAGAGCACCAUGGGAAACCAGCUCUGCUGCCGGGGAUGCUGGAACUGCCCAUCAAUUGCCCAGAGGAAAAAGAAAACAGGAAGCCAAGCAAGACAGACACUGAAGCAGCAGCAGCAGCAGCAGCAGCAGCAGCAGCAGCACAGGCACAAGCACAGUGCAAAGGUCCAUAACACAAGAGGACAUACGUAUGAGCAGGUGUUAGAGAAGCCCGGAUCUCAGGAGAAGAGUCCAGGCCUCAGGUCCAAGGAGAGCAGCUUACAUUAUGCAGACAUUCAAGUGUGCAGCUAUACCCAGCCUCGCUCUGCUCGGCAGGUGAAACACCUCCAGUCAGAAAAUGCAACGGAGUACGCAAUCCUCCGCUUCCCACAGGCCACACCCCGCUAUGACAGCAAGAAUGGGACCCUGGUGUGAGCUCUGGGGAGGACGCACCUGUUUCCAUCAUUUUACCACUACUCCCUUGGGGGAGAAUCUGCCUUGGGGAAUUGGUUGGCAGCCCAGAGAUGCCUGCCACGUUUUAAAGAACUCCAGAGUCCCAUGAAUGCCACCAGUCUUGCCCCCUCCCCUAGGCCUAUCUUUUAUUUGCCACCGUUAGCUUGGAGUUGUAUUUGGGUUAGCUAGGUGUGGAUGGAGCUCCACAAAAUGAGGGGGCUAGGAUGAGCCUGAAGGAAGUGUUUUGACCUCUACCUUUGCUCCUGCUUUCAAGAAAAGUGCUGACAGGCCAGGUUACCCCAGCACUUGAGCUGAUUUUGUUGGGCUUAAUUUAACGGUGUCUCUUUUACACACCUUACACUCCACAGUUUAAGAAGAAGAGGAGCUCUGGAAAAGCAUUCUCAGUUCUUGUACACAGCCCCCCAGAGCUGGCUUGGGCAAUUCCUUCGGUGGUGGGGUCAAAGGUCCCAGAACCUAAACAGACAAACGAGGGCAGGGACUGAGGCAUGGAGGAAGCGAUCUCUGACCAUCGGUGACAAGGACUUCAAGUCAUUUGACAGAACUGCGUGACCUGGAAACUCCCCUUGGCUUGCAGGUGCAGAGCCGCUAGGAUCAAUAAAUCACAAAAGGAA